UAGCCGCUCCUCGCCGCCGACCCCCCGCCGCGCCCUCCCUCCCCGUCCCCGCGCGCGCGGCGAUCCCGCCGAUCGGGGGGAGCCGGACUGGGUCUGCCCGCCCCGGCGCCGCCGGGUUCGAUCACUUCGGGUAGGUUCUAAUUGGACAUAUUGCUGCUGUAUUGUGACAGGCGGCGCCCUUGCUUGGUGACAUUUGUGUUUUGUUGAUCGUCAAGGCUUCCUUACUGCUCAGCCCUCUGUUUUUGCUUGCUGUCUAUAUCUCCUUGGGGAGGGCAAUCUAGCAACAAUGUCAUCGCUUCAGUUAUUGCAACUUACGGAGCAUGGGCGAAACCUUUUUUCUUCUAGAAGGAGGACGCUUGCAGUUGUUUCUGGCGCACUACUUGCUGGUGGUACUUUAGCAUAUGCGCAGUCAGGUCGACGGAGGAAACAUCGGGAAGAAAGUCAUUCUAAUGAUGGAAAUGCACAUACCAGGAGUAAAGAGGGCAUUUGUCAAAAUGGUGUUGAUGGUAAAGUGGUAAAGACAAGGAAAAAGAAAAAUUUAUUGAAAUCCUUACAUUUCCUGGCUGCCAUUUUACUUAAGAAGAUUGGCCCAAGUGGAACAAAUUACCUUCUUGGCUUGAUGUUAACAGCAGUGUUACGUACAGCCAUUGGUCACAGAUUAGCAAAAGUUCAAGGGUAUUUGUUCAAAUCCGCGUUUCUUCGGCGUGUUCCGGCCUUCACACGCCUAAUCAUUGAAAAUCUUCUAUUAUGCUUUCUUCAGUCCACGGUAUAUCAGACCUCAAAGUACUUGACAGGAUCCUUAAGCUUGCGCUUCAAGAAAAUUUUGACGGAUCUCAUCCAUGCUGAUUACUUUGAGAAUAUGGUUUACUACAAGAUCUCACAUGUAGAUCAUCGGAUUUCAAACCCAGAGCAAAGGAUUGCUAGUGAUAUUCCUAAGUUCUGCGCAGGACUAAGUGACCUUGUACAAGAUGAUCUGAUUGCAGUUGCAGAUGGGUUAAUAUACAUCUGGCGCAUCUGUUCUUAUGCAAGUCCGAAAUAUGUUCUCUGGAUUCUGGCAUAUGUACUUGGUGCUGGUGGCACAAUUAGAAAAUUUUCCCCUUCUUUUGGGAAGUUGAAAGCCAUGGAACAACAACUAGAAGGGGAAUAUCGCCAGGUUCAUUCACGACUGAGAACUCAUGCUGAGAGCGUGGCAUUUUAUGGUGGUGAGAACAGAGAAGAAUCGCACAUUAUGCAGCGGUUCCAGGCUCUUGUGCGGCACGUGAAUGUUGUUCUUCAUGAGAACUGGUGGUUUGGCAUGAUUCAGGAUUUUCUUCUGAAGUAUCUUGGUGCCACAGUGGGAGUUAUCUUGAUUGUCGAACCUUUCUUUGCGGGAGAUCUUAAACCUGAUACAUCUACUUUAGGACGGGCAGAGAUGUUGAGUAAUCUUCGUUAUCACACAAGUGUGAUAAUAUCAUUAUUCCAGUCCCUUGGCACCCUUUCUACCAGUUCAAGACGUUUAAAUCUUCUCAGUGCCUAUGCAGACCGUAUUCAUGAGUUACUGGAUGUUUCACGUGAGCUAUCUGGGGUUCGUGACAGAUCAAUGAGCCGAAAUUCUUCUGCCAAAAAUUAUAUUAGUGAGGCAAACUAUAUAGAAUUUUCAGGUGUUAAGGUGGUGACACCCUCUGGGAAUGUCUUGGUUGAUGAUUUAACUCUCCGGGUGGAGUCGGGUUCUAAUCUUUUGAUCACUGGUCCCAACGGUAGUGGAAAAAGCUCUCUUUUCCGUGUUCUUGGGGGUCUGUGGCCACUUGUAUCUGGCCACAUUGUCAAACCUGGUGUUGGUUCUAAUCUUAACAAGGAAAUCUUUUAUGUCCCCCAGCGACCAUAUACAGCUGUCGGAACACUUCGUGACCAGUUAAUCUAUCCACUUACAGCAGAUCAGGAAACCGAACCACUUAGCUAUGGUGGUAUGGUGGAUCUUCUAAAGAAUGUUGAUCUAGAAUACUUGCUAGAACGCUACCCUCUCGACAAGGAAGUUAACUGGGGUGAUGAGUUGUCUCUUGGUGAGCAACAGAGAUUGGGAAUGGCGAGAUUGUUCUACCAUAAGCCCAAGUUUGCCAUCCUGGAUGAGUGUACUAGUGCUGUGACGACUGAUAUGGAAGAACGUUUCUGCAAUAGGGUCCGAGCAAUGGGCACGUCAUGCAUAACAAUAUCUCACCGACCAGCAUUAGUUGCUUUUCAUGAUGUCGUUUUGUCCUUGGAUGGUGAAGGAGGGUGGAAAGUUCAAGAUAACAGAAAUGGCUCCUUCCUUCCUACUGAAUCGGAGUUUGAUGCAUUGAAGUCAUCAGAAACUGACCGCAAAUCUGACGCACUUGCUGUUCAAAGGGCUUUUAGUGCUAAUACAAAGGAAAAUACUUUAUCGGGCCCCAAGGAACAUUCUUAUUCAACACAGGUCAUAGCUACUUCCCCCAAUAUGGAAAUAGAAUCCACAGAACAGCCACAUCUGAUCCCACAAUUGCAGUGCUCGCCGAGACCUUUGCCUGUUAGAGUUGCUGCAAUGUCUAAAAUACUGGUUCCUAAAAUCGUUGAUAAGCAAGGGGCACAAUUGCUUGCAGUUGCAGUACUUGUACUAUCUCGGACUUGGAUAUCUGAUCGUAUAGCUUCACUGAAUGGGACUAGUGUUAAGUAUGUCCUGGAGCAGGACAAGGCAGCCUUCAUUCGAUUGAUCGGGACCAGUGUAAUGCAAAGUGCUGCAAAUUCAAUUGUGGCACCAUCACUGAGACACCUUACUUCAAAGAUUGCUCUUGGAUGGCGAAUUCGCAUGACCAACCAUCUACUUGCAUAUUAUUUGAAAAGAAAUGCUUUUUACAAGGUAUUUAACAUGACAGGCAUGGAGAUUGAUGCAGACCAAAGAAUAACACGUGAUGUGGAGAAGUUGACGAAUGAUCUUGCUGGCUUAGUUACUGGAAUGGUGAAACCAUCAGUUGACAUUCUUUGGUUUACAUGGAGAAUGAAGCUUUUAUCUGGGAGAAGAGGAGUUGCUAUUUUGUACGCAUACAUGUUGCUAGGGCUUGGUUUUCUAAGAGCCGUUUCCCCUGAUUUCGGUGAUCUUUCAAACCAAGAACAAGAACUUGAAAGUUCUUUCAGGUUCAUGCACUCAAGACUGCGGACACAUGCUGAGUCAAUUGCUUUCUUUGGUGGUGGAUCAAGGGAAAGAGCUAUGGUUGAAGCUAAGUUCGCAACUUUGCUCAACCACUCGAAGAUUCUUUUGAGGAAAAGAUGGCUUUAUGGUAUAUUUGAUGAUUUCAUGACGAAGCAGCUGCCUCAUAAUGUGACAUGGGGAUUGAGUCUGUUAUAUGCUUUGGAACACAAGGGGGACCGAGCUUUGACUUCAACACAAGGAGAGUUAGCACAUGCCCUGCGGUUCUUGGCAUCUGUAGUGUCACAAAGUUUCAUAGCUUUUGGUGACAUUCUCGAGUUGCAUAAGAAAUUCCUUGAACUUUCUGGUGGUGUCAAUAGGAUCUUUGAACUCGAGGAGCUUCUAAAGGCAUCUCAAAGCAAUGCUGUCAUGCCCUCAAAUGUUAUCAGUGUGCCAUCUGAAGAAACUAUUUCCUUCCGUAAUGUGGAUAUUGUGACCCCAUCGCAAAAGCUACUGGCUAGCCAAUUGUCUUGUGAUGUGUCUCAAGGAAAAAGCCUUCUUGUCACUGGUCCAAACGGCAGUGGCAAGAGUUCCAUUUUUAGGGUGCUCCAAAGUUUGUGGCCUGUAGCUUCCGGAAGGCUCACCGUGCCAUCUGAAGGGAUAUUUCACGUUCCUCAGCGCCCAUAUACUUGCCUUGGAACCUUGAGAGAUCAGAUCAUAUAUCCUCUCUCACGUGAGGAGGCAGAGUUGAAGAUGCUUACAUUGUCCAAAACAAGUGACAGGUCUAGAUCGCUGGACGAUCACCUGAGGACAAUUCUAGAGAAUGUUCGCUUGGUCUAUCUUCUCGAAAGAGAAGGUUGGGAUGCUACUCCCAAUUGGGAAGACAUUUUGUCCUUGGGAGAACAGCAGAGGCUAGGCAUGGCCCGCCUGUUCUUUCACUCUCCUAAGUUUGGCAUCCUUGACGAGUGCACCAAUGCUACGAGUGUCGAUGUCGAGGAGCAUUUGUACAGGCUAGCAACUGACAUGGGUAUAACUGUGGUCACUUCCUCCCAAAGGCCUGCUCUCAUACCCUUCCAUUCGUUGGAACUGAAACUCAUCGACGGCGAAGGGAAGUGGGAGCUGUGUUCAAUCAACCACUAGUCGCUGCCUGUCGCCCUAAUUUUUGACCGGCUUUAGCUACUCUCAGCUGUAUACUGACUUACAGUACAAAUAGUCAUUAGCUGCUGCUUCAACAAACAGAGGCUGCCUGUAGAAGCCAGGGAGGCAUGCAGCACCCAAUUGGAGAUAGAUCAGAACAAUAUACAUACAUGGGUUGUAGGAGGGAAAUGUUUUUUUUCUUCUUUCCAAGGAGGAUAGUAUGGUAUAUAAUCUUGUUCUCAUACAGAAUACACAGCGAGAUGACAUUUGCCGCCGAAAUCAGAUGGUGGUGGGUGUAACGAUUAUUUGUAUAAACACGGGCGCGAAGCGUGCCCCCUUUGUAAAUGGCAACUAGUUCAAAUCCAUCUUCCUGAUGA